AUGGCCCGCCUGAACGAGGUUCCAGCCUCGACUGAAUGCAUUGAGUCUCUCAAGCGAAAGUUUAUGAGGCAAAAUCGCGAUAUUGCUAGAGUCAAUUCGGCACAGUCACUUCGAAUCCGAAACCUCGAGAAUGAGACUUCCAGGUUGCUGGCCGAAAAUCUCGGCCUACAAGCGCAAAUAUUGCGACUUCGGGGCGAAUUAGAAAACGGACAGGCGCAAAGGCUGGCAGAUCAUACGCAGGAUGUGAAGUUUCAGCUCGAAAGUAAAUUAUUAGAGAUUGGCGCAAUUAUAAAUACCCUGCGAGACGACCCACCCCGAAAGAAGAGGUCACCACAGGCAGAAAAGAAUACAAGAACAAGCCCAUCUCGAAGCCCCGAUCAGAUCAAUUGGAAGAAUAUGUGCACUCUUAGUGAAGCCAUUGGAGGCCAAGAUGGCAAGUUGCCUACAAUUGUGGAGGGUAAAUCUUAUCCACGAAAGACCUUAGACCAUCGAGAACUUGUGGAAAUCAUAUCGGAGAUGGAUGCAGGAGUGGAUACGACGGGCUCCCCAGAGAUUGGAUCACCACCAGUAUCGCAAUUCGUCAAUGAAGACCCAGUCAAGAUCGACCUUCCACAGCGGCCACACAGAAAUGUCUCCGAUGACACGAUUAAUAUUGACCCUACCUUAUCUAUCAACCUGGAGCAGCGGAGGAAGCGGAAGGACAGCUCAAGCUCAGGCGAUCCUAAUCUCGUCACCAAUGCUGAACCUGCUCAGAAAGGUCAAGAAAUCAAGGGAUCCCUCAAGACAGGAGCGAAACGGAAAUUCAGUGUCAGGGAGGAUGAAGACCACCAAAGUCGAGCUGGAUCUCGGAUUGACAGCUCACCUGAUAAUUUCGAGUUCACCCGCGUGGUCAGCGAUGACAGACCAAAAAAUAAAACUACACCACUCCCAGAGAAAUCGGGGACGAAACUUACGAGGGAGCUUGCUGUUGCCAAAGGAGUUGCUCGUGAGAAGCGCUCCAGCACUGCUGUUUCGACAAGCAGGAAAGCUCUGGCGCCGAAGAGUAUCAAUAACUCUCCUCACAAAGCUACGAAAGUCCAGCUCCAAGACGAAAUGAAGACUAGGAAACCUGAUCCCCCCAAAUUCAACCCAUUGAGGGAACGUUUAAAGGAUAGUGAACCAGAACAUAUUCAAGUUGAGCAUAAAAAUGAGCCUUUGUUGGAUACCAUUGGGCUCAGGCCCGAGCCUGAAACCCCGGCAGCUGUCGAUAUCCUCUCGCCACUAUCACAGCCUUCAACGGCCCGAGCCGAAACUCGGGACACCCCUCCUCCCCCUGAUCUAGGCUCGGGAAUCGACGGUCAUCGACCUAGUCGGAGGGCUCGCGGUGCUGUCAGUUACGCAGAACCGAACCUCCGUGACAAGAUGCGGAGACCAACAAAGGAUUUGAUCGAUGCAGUGACUGGAGAAAGCAAGUCUCGCCAAAGCAUUUCCUCUAAACUAGCAGGAGAAGGUACAUCAAUCUCAUCGACGAUUAAGACGGAGGUAGAGGAAGAAGACAGCUGGAAAAGAAUGCCGCUUGCAUCGUCAGCUACCGUGGAAAAUAGCCCUCUCAGGAGCAAGGCCCCGGAGCCCGAGUCUAACGAUUUACCCAGUAGCAUUACUACUCACCGAAAGAGGCGAGAGUCAAUUCUUCACCAAGUGCAACUAGACCUUAAUAAAUCAGGGUCAGAGACUGCCAUAUCAGCGCUCAUAGCGGAACACAGGAAAGCCAAGGCUGCGGCCAGAGAGAAGGCGCUUGAGAAAGAAGGCACCCUGGCAAAGGCUAUGGAAAAAAUUGAUAUAUACGACUUUAAUGGUUCCUCGCCUUCGGAAGCUCCGGUCAAAAAGGUUGUGAAGGAAGAAAGGACAGUGUCAAGGUCGUCGAGGAGACAGUCCUCCAUUCCACAAGAUAUUGAAGCUGCCGGGGAUGGAGAAGCUUCCGAUAUUGAAGCCCCAAAGAGCAGGGGAGUGACCGCAAACCGUCGAAGACAAUCUACGCUAGGCUUGAGAAAUCCAUCAACAAACGCACAGCCCGCGCAUGAGAGGCACGCAGCGGCCAAGAAAGUUCAGAAAUCCAUAAGUAUGGCUGAUUUAGCUACUGGAGACACAAGGGGCGACAGGAUAUCGGCGAGGAGGAGAAGUAUGAUGUUAUGA